AUGCCGUUCUCCACUGUUCGAGCAGCUGUUCUUCUCAAUCAUACCAUCCGCGUUGUUCAUCAUUACAUCUUUAUGGCGGUCGGUUUCCCAGGCACGGAAGCCCACCGUAGUGAAUGCUCCGGUUUUUCAAAUCAUCAAAUUGGUACGCACCGCACGAUAUGGGAUGUACAGUCUCAAUUUAUGCUGAUUAAAUCACUGCAGGUCGCUAUCACAGCCUACGUUGGACUUGAACUUUCACUCCUCACCUUGGGCGUGGUUGGAUCCUUCCAUGUAACCAGCUUGUUUAUAGCUUCCUCGGUGCUUAAGUCUAUGUCAGCCCUACUCAUGAUAAUGUUGAGCCUUCUCGACCAUAGCAAAAGCCCCAGGCCGUCCGUGCUACUGAAUAGCUACUUGUUUUUAACCCUUCUCCUAGACGCAGCCCAGGCAAGAACGCUGUUUCUAUCAUCAGAUAAUAAGCCCGAACUUAUCUACAGUAGUAUUUUUUGUGCUGCUGUAGCAUUGAAGGUUGGCAUAUUGCUGCUAGAAGCCCAACGAAAGUCCAGAUGGAUAAGCUGGGAUGAGAAGGAGCAUAGCCCAGAGGAGACGAGCGGAAUCUUCUCCCUUGGGGUCUUCUCCUGGCUUAACAAAAUCUUCCUGGAGGGAUAUAGGAAGGUUUUAACAAUGCAGGACCUCUUCCCCCUUGAUAGCUCAUUGAACAGCGAAUCGCUCCACGAGAAGUUUUCCAAAAACAUGGAUUACUCUAAGCUAAGGGGCGACAAAUUCGGUCUUGUGAAAGUUCUGAUUCGCACACUGAAGGUCUCUCUUAUACUUCCUAUACCUCCACGCCUGGCGCUUCUUGGGUUCGUUUUUUGCCAACCGUAUUUUAUCGAAAGGUUGCUGGACCACCUAGCCCAGCCUACAAUCGACGCGAACGUUGGGUACGGCUUCAUCGGCGCUAGUAUACUAAUUUACUCGGGAAUUGCCAUCUCAACAGCCUUCUACUGGUACUUCCAUCACCGAAUGCGUACUAUGGCAAGGUCGAUACUAGUCACCGAGACCUUCAUCAAAGCUACUAAAGCUCGGAUCGGGACUGGAGAUGACAGCGCUGCGCUUACGUUAAUGAGCACCGAUAUAGAGCGAAUCAACUUCGGUUUCAGGGCUUUGCACGAUGUUUGGGCGAGCAUUAUCCAGGCUGCUCUCGCUAGUUGGAUGUUAUAUGUCCAACUUGGUAUAGUCUUUGUCGCGCCAAUCGGGGUUGUUAUAUGUUGCUUUACCGGCUUGACAAUACUGGUGAAGUUCACGGGAGACUCUCAGAGAGCCUGGAUGGCAGGAGUCCAGAAGCGUGUCGGACUGACAGCCACAAUCAUCUCCAAUAUAAAGAACCUGAAGAUAUCUGGCCUAGCUACCUCCGUCAGCGACUUCGUGCAAAACCUGCGUGUAGAGGAGCUGGGGGCGGGAUCCCGAUUUCGCAAAAUAUCCAUCGUUGCGGCUCUUUUAGGGUUUACCCCGUUACUGGUCAGCUCACCGCUAACCUUCGCGCUUGCACAGCGGAAAUUGGAUGCUGCGAAGAUAUUCACGAGCCUUUCUUGGCUUUUGCUUUUGACUACGCCGCUGUCGCAGAUCUUCGAAUCUAUCCCUCAGCUCAUCUCUGGACUGGCCUGUUUAGGCCGUAUCCAGGCCUUCUUGGAAUGUGAGACUCGCCAUGACUUUCGCGAAGUUCUUGAUGCUAUGAGCCAGAAUUCAGAGAAGGUCCAAGUGGGUACGGCAGUUUCGUCUAACCCAGAACCGGACGGGGAACAACAUCCUCUUGUCAUUAUUAGGAAUGGAAAUUUUGGCUGGGAAGCGGACAAAUUCGCCCUGCAUGACAUAAACAUUCGAGUGCCACGGUUCUCGCUCACCAUCGUCGUCGGACCAGUUGGCUCAGGCAAAUCCACGCUCUGCAAGGCACUACUUGGAGAAAUCCCUUUUAGCAACGGUAGUGUUGUUUUAAGCUCCAGGUUCCCCCACGUCGGGUUCUGUGACCAAACUGCAUUUCUCUCGAACGGGUCGAUUAGGGAUAACAUAGUGGGGUUCUCUCCAUUCAAUAAUGAGAGAUACGCCGAAGUCAUCGAGGCUACAGCUCUGGAUUUCGACCUAAAAACACUCCCACAGGGCGAUGGAACGAACAUCGGAUCCGAUGGCAUCACAUUAUCUGGCGGUCAGAAACAACGUGUUUCCCUCGCGCGAGCUCUAUAUUUGCAAUCCGACCUACUAGUGCUGGACGAUAUUUUCAGUGGUUUAGAUGCGGAUACCGAGAAACAUGUCUUUCAACAAGUCUUCGGGCCAGAUGGACUUCUCAGACGACGCCGCUCUACGGUCGUAUUAUGCACUCACAGCGUUAGGCAUCUGCCCGCAGCAGAUUACAUACUAGCACUCGGAAACGGUACCGUUAUUGAGCAAGGUAACUUUGACAGAUUGAUGGCCUGUCAAGGGUAUGUUCAACGUCUGGGACUAAAAGGAUCCUCUGACAGAGACAUUUCGUCUGAGAAAAUAAUCUCAAAGAAGGAUGUACGAGAGGCAGAACCAGAACUGCUUCACACCACGACGACCAACACAUCAUCCCCCCCGCCAGACACCGAUGAAUCGCGGAAAAUUGGCGAUGCAACAGUAUACAAGCAUUACUUCAAGAGCAUGGGGAUAUCCCUGGCAUUUUGUAGUUUGGUUUUUGCUACCCUUUGGGGCUUCUUCACGAACUUUCCAACAAUUUGGCUCAAAUACUGGUCUAGUGAUGUUUACUCGGAACAUCCAGCUCACUCUUUCGCCUAUUACGCGGGGAUCUAUGCGCUUCUCCAGUUAUGUGGCAUGAUGUCGCUGCUUCUCCUCGGUAUCGCAAUCUUCGUUGUCUCUGUGAAGAAAGCGGGUGCCAAACUCCACCAAGAUGCGUUACGAACACUAAUUCGAGCACCGCUACGUUUCUUCACAGCAACAGAUACCGGUGUCAUCACAAAUCUAUUUUCGCAAGACCUGAAUAUUAUAGACACAGAGCUGCCAAAUUCACUGUUGAAUACUUUGUUUUGUGUUUUCCAAGCAAUUGGACAAGCAGCUGUUAUUCUUAGUUCGUCUCCGUACAUGGCUAUAAGCUAUCCGUUCAUCGGCGCUCUGCUAUACCUUGUGCAAAGGUUCUAUCUACGGACUUCCAGGCAGCUAAGGUUGCUAGACCUCGAGGCUAAAAGCCCCUUGUAUUCUUUUAGCACGCAUUUCAUUGACACUGUAAAGGGUAUUACAACUCUGAGAGCUUUCGGCUUCCUUCCCUACGACGUCCGAAAGAAUGCUCGCCUGAUCAAUUCUAGCCAACGACCUGCGUAUCUCCUCAUUAUGAUUCAACAGUGGCUUAACCUCGUCCUUGACCUCGUAGUCAUGGUAAUGGCAGCGGGACUAACGACUCUUGCUGUUCGGCUUCACUCUAACUCUGGUUUUAUUGGUGCUUCCUUGGUUACCCUCAUGCAUUUUGGAGAGAACCUUUCCGGAAUUGUCAUAUUCUACACUAGGCUAGAAACAUCUAUCGGGGCAAUAGCUAGACUGAAGACAUUCAACGAAAGCGUGAAGCCAGAAGACAAGGAGGAAGAGGAUAUUGUUCCUCCUCAACAGUGGCCGCGAAACGGUGUGGUGGAGUUGAAGGGUAUUUCCGCAAGUUAUAGUAUGGAAGAUGAAACGGAACACCCACCCAAUCUAGCCCUCCGUGAUAUCAACCUAACCAUCAACUCAGGUGAGAAGGUCGCCAUCUGCGGCCGUACUGGAAGUGGCAAGUCAAGUCUGAUUGCUCUACUGCUCAAGCUCCUUGACCCUCUCCCAGAGACCGCAGGAAAUGCCGUCAUUGAUGAACUGCCUCUCCACCGUAUAGACCGGCCUACUCUUCGUGAGCGUAUAAUUGCAGUUCCUCAGGAAGCCGUGUUUUUGCCCGAUGGUUCUACAUUCCAGGCUAACCUAGACCCGCUCAACGUCUCCGCGCCUGAGGAAUGCCAGGCUGUUCUUGUGGCCGUGGAUCUAUGGCAGUUCGUCCAGGAGCGUGGAGGCCUGCACGCACAGAUGAACGCGAGCACUCUCAGCGCGGGGCAGCGACAACUCAUGUCACUUGGACGCGCACUGCUGAGACGACGCACCCGGGUGCGGAACCUGGGGAUAGAGGCUGGUGGCCCACAGGGCGGUAUACUGUUGUUAGACGAAGUGAGCUCAAGUGUGGACCAAGAAACGGAGCGUGCUAUGCAAGAGAUUAUUAGGAAUGAAUUUAAGGACUAUACCAUUGUGGCGGUUAGUCACCGGCUAGACAUGAUCAUGGACUUUAAUAGAGUCGUUGUCAUGGACAAAGGAGAGAUUGCGGAGGUUGGGAAUCCAAUGGUGUUGGCUGGACAGGAGGGAACUAGAUUUGGAGAGUUGGUGAGAGCCGGGUCGAAGUAUGAUAUGAGAAUCUGCCACGGCCGCAAAGGUUCAUUUCAGUCGAUAUUACUGAGCCAACACGCACACAACAUAUCUGGGGGCGAGAGCCCAAUAAAUACUGCUGGAAUAUAG